AUGUCGUCGAUGGUCGAGCUCCGCGAGGAACGGCUUCACCCGGGAGCGGCGUCGGAAUGGGCUGCGGCCUUCCAGUCGUCUGCGCUCGCGGUCCGCUCCUCGCAGCUACGCACCGCGACGCUCCCUGAAGUGGGCGGCGUGCUCGACGUCGCCACCACGACAUACAGCUGGAGCGGCCAUGAGGAGCGCAGCGCCUACUACGCAGCGCUCGCCGCCGACCCGCUGGACCACAGCGGGGGCCAAUGGGUAGCAGAGCGAAAGUCGUGCCUCUACGUCGAGCCGCCGCUGGUCGCUGACUUUGGGCUGCACGGGCUGGCAAACGCGGCGCCGCCCGAGGGCGCGAGCGGCGGCGGCGGCGACGCCAUCUAUGAGCUGAGGCGGUACCAGCUGCAGCUUGGGUACACCACGGUGCCGCGCUUCCUCGAGCUCUACGCGGGCGGGCUCCCGUCCAAGCUGGCCGCCCCCGGCACCGACCCCUCCUCCUCCCUGGUGACGGUCCUCAACACCGAGGUCGGCUCGCUCAACGAGGUGAUCGAGCUGUGGAGGCACGGUCGCGGCACCGUGGCGAUGGACCAAAGCCGGCAGGCUGCGCGCAGCGCGGCGCCCUGGCGCGAGGCGAUCGGCAGCAUCGCCGCGCUCGCCGUCAGCUUCACCACCUCAAUCCACAGGCCGCUGCCAUCGGCGCCGUGGCAAUAA